AUGAACGAGGUGCAGUGAACGCGGCAUAGUUUCCUGUUGAAAGGAUUUAUCGUCGGCAGAAGCCAUAAUAGACACUUUAUAAUCUGUCCUCCUCAGGUUUAUGGCUCUACACGAGUAUUUCACACUUCUUUUACGGACUAUGGAACGGUAAAACGGCGUUGUAACAAUGUCUAAGGAAUGUAUUGAAACUGCUGGACUUUUUCGAAGAAUUUCAGCGGGUUCUGUGAACGAGUGAGACAUGGACAACUCUGUCACUCUGUGGCAGUUCCUCCUUCAGCUUCUACUGGAUUCCAACAAUGAGCAGCUCAUCUGCUGGACCAAUGAGGAAGGGGAGUUCAAACUGCUACAGGCCGAGGAGGUGGCACGGCUGUGGGGAGCGCGUAAAAACAAGCCAAAUAUGAACUAUGACAAACUCAGCAGAGCACUCCGAUACUAUUAUGAUAAGAACAUCAUAAAGAAGGUGAAUGGUCAGAAGUUUGUCUAUCGUUUUGUGUCAUAUCCUGACAUCCUUAAAGGUGAUGUUGCCAUGAGAACGGACGGAGUGGACAUGGCUGUGGGGAGCGUCACACAACUUUCCAAAAAGAGCGAUAGCACUGCACAGGAGGUGGACAUAACCGACAGAAACAAGGCAUCAGCGGUAUCAAGUUCUCUGGCCACAGGCACCAAGCAGUCAAACCGUAAUGACUAUAUUCACUCGGGCCUGUACACAUCCUUUACUCUCAACUCGCUGCAAAAUCGCUGCCAGCUUUUUAAGUCCAUCAAAAUGGAGAAUCCGGCCGAGAAGAUGGACAAGAGGGGACAAAGCACAGCGUCCCCCUGCCAGGACGCCAUAUCCUCACCACAGCAACAGACCACUGUCCUGCCCUCUGUCAUCAAGUUUGGAAACACACCGCCAAAGCAGUCACCAGGACCCCCACCCCUUGAGGUUGCCAUAGAGACAACCCUGAUGUCCACCCAAAUGGACCCACUCCAGGUUCCAUUGCCCAGACAGGAGGACAUCAGCGUACACUCCUCCAUGCCCCAACAGCCCGUCUAUAUGUUUGAACAGAUACGAACAGCUGACCCUCCGUUUAACAUCCCUGACCUGAGCGCGACAAGCCCCUCCCCCAACCUGGUAGUGGAGUCGUCUCAAGAGCUGGUCAUCGACACUGACAUAGAUUCAGGGUCGUCCCAGCAGGCAGACCCCCAGUCCCUAGAGUCUGCCAUUAACCAAGCAGAGGAAAGGGUGGACAACAGCGGAGCCGAGAGCUCAGAUGAGCAUAUCCCAGUAGAAAUGGACUCAUUAAGCAACAAUGGCAUAGUUGCCACACAGAGCUCAGGAAAGGCCCGGAAGCCACCAAAAAUCUUGCAAAUAAACCCGCCCACUCUGCUCGUCACCGCCUCGGACUUCUCCCCUAUGAACCUCUGCAGCCCGUCUCUGCCCACUGCGUCGCUCACACCAGCAAUGCUACAGACUCCCACUCUGCUGCUGACCCCAAGCCCUCUUCUGUCCAACAUCCACUUCUGGAGCACGCUCAGUCCAGUUGCUCCUUUGAGUCCUGCCACGAGACGCCAAGGAGGCCACCUAUUCCAAUUCCCCUCUGUGCUCACCCCUUCGUUCCAGAUCCCCGUUCACAGCCUCGAUGGGACCAACACUCCAGGCCCCAUCUCUCCAGACCCUCAGAAGACAUGAACCAACGUAACUCAACCAAACCAGAGCUGUGUGCACCUCAUUCCACGGGACACUGGUGCUCUACACACUACACUCUAUCUGCAUCUUUGCAAAUGCACAGAGCACACAGUUUAAGGAUGCUACGACUUUCCUCAUGAGCAGUUUCUAUGAAUCGAUGCCUGGACUUUAGAAAACCCAGACAAUAAAGAACAAUAUGAGAGGAUUUUUAUGGCCACUGCCGGACGUUAAGCAUUUUUCCUUUUUAUAUUGUUCCUGUUGCUGCCAAAAACCUUGUGAAAUCUUAGCCUCUUUUGUGCUUUUUUUUUAUUUUAAGGGUGAAGAUGUACCCUUAUGAUCUGCAUGUUUACUUGUAAUCCUUUUACUUUGUGCCCCCUGCGUCAAGCCUUCUCUGCUGCUCUUAAAGGCGAUAGCCAUAUCCAAGCCAAUAUCUUUACCUUAACUGUCUUAUCGUGACACAUGGCCAUGAACCAUGCUUCUCCUAUGCCAAUCAUCACAGCCCAGAAUUUACAUAAGAGCAGGAAAGACCAGAAAGCACUUGUCACUCUAUGAGAGGAAUGUAAAUGCAUGUUUUACAGAGAAGCCAUAGUUUUUA